AUGGCGGAGAAGCCUCAGCCUGUUCGUGUUUUAUACUGCGGAGUGUGUGGGUUACCCGCGGAGUACUGCGAGUUUGGACCCGAUUUUGAGAAGUGCAAACCAUGGUUGAUCCAGAACGCACCGACUCUGUACCCGGAUCUCCUCAAAGAGGCUGAUGCGAAAGACGCUGAUAAAGUAUCUGAUCACCUCCAGUCUACCUCGAUCUCUGGCGGUUCUUCUAAACCUAAGGAGGAAGAUGUAAAACGUCUACCCGGUGGAAAGAUUAAAAAGAAGGAGAAACAGGAAGUUAUUAUUGAAAAGAUGACUCGAAACAAGCGGAAAUGUAUCACCACUGUGAAAGGCCUAGAGCUUUUUGGGGUUAAGCUGAGUGAUGCAUCAAAGAAGCUUGGCAAGAAGUUUGCUACUGGAGCUUCUGUCACAAAGGGCCCAACUGAGAAGGAGCAAAUUGAUGUUCAAGGAGACAUAUCUUAUGACAUUGUGGAGUUCAUUACAGAUACAUGGCCUGAUGUUCCAGAGGCUGCAAUUUUCUUCAUUGAGGAUGGGAAAAAGGUUCCAGUUGUGUGA